AUGGAAAAGUCGAACCGGAAAAUCCUGUUACUUGUUGAUAAUGUCCUUCCACUUAAUCUAACAUCGGAAGUUCAACCGCUGGAUCAAGGAAUAAUACGAGUUGUUAAAGCUCGUUAUCGUAAAAAAAUGCUACAACAUCUUAUCACCGUUGCUGAAGACUGCGAUACACGAUCUCAGUUUCUUAAAUCAAUUUCAGUCUUGCAUGCGGUUCGUUGGGUAAAUAGUUCCUGGCAGGAAAUUUCACCAGAAACAAUUAGCAAAUGCUUUCAAUGCUCAGUUGAUAAGAUUAUUAACGCCGAUGUUGAGUUGAUUCUUCAUGAAGAAAUAUCUACUGCACCUGACGAUAUUUUACAAUCAAUUUUGCAGCAAAAAGAACACUCUGAUGCCGAGUGUUAUGAUAGUGAUAACGAUGAAACAGUGAACGAUGACAGUCUUCCUCCAGUUGCACCAAAAAUUAUGGUUCCUACAAUUGAUCCUGCUGACGAGAUUGACUGCGUGGGUCAACGAGGAGAUUUAAUUCUCGGAAUGGAAUUCUGGCAGAACUUCAAGGUUUUGGUGGAUCCAUUCUCGCAAACUUAUGCCGCAAGUGAUAGCAAACAUCAUUACUCACUAUUACAUAGUUCCACGACGCUAAGAGAGCUUCAAACACUCUCAAUUGAUGAAACUGAACAUCUAAGAAAAUUUCUGGACUCCAAAUUCGAUCAAUUCGACAAAGAGUCUACUGGCGAGACUCAUUUAAUGAAACACUGUCCGUUGAAUAAAUUGACUAGUCCAAAGGUUCCUUGGAGAUGGAAUGAUGCCGAAAAAAAGUCGUUUGACAUCAAGAAGGCUCUUAUCGAAGCUCCUCGGUUGUAUGUUCCAAUGCCUCGACAACCCUUGAUUUUGUACACCGAUGCUAGCGAUUUUGGCUUAGGUUCGAUUUUAGCUUAG